AGAGAGAGAACCGGCGAAGAACGGCCUCAUUCGCGCGCGGCGCAGCACGUUACGGAGCGCUUGCUUGUGCGAGUUCUGUGCUGUGGCUUCUUGUUGAGUUUGUUAGUUUUUCUGCUAGGCGAUCACACGCCAGGUGACCGCCUCUAGUACAUGUGGAGCAUUCUCUCUCUGUGUCUCUCGGGCGCUCCUGUUCCGACCCGGGCGGGAUGUACAGAAAUCAGCGGUCCUUCGAAACAGCGAACAGCACAGGCAGCAGCAGUGGCCAGGUCGCGGGCCAGGAUAGUGCUACCAACAAUGUCACCGGCCUAAUAAGCAAGUUUGAGGUGCGCAACUAUCCUAUAAAUAGAGGAGGGCUGCUUCGGAAUCAAGUCCCCGGAGCGGAGCGCUACGGACCGUACCAACGGUACGCAGCGGACCCAGUUCCGUCUCAGUCCCGCAGCAGUCAGUCCGCCGACAGCCGCUACGCUUACUUCAGUGACAGUGCGGAGAGUGUCCCUCAGCGAGUCGCUACAACGAUGAACGGACGGCCGUACGCCCGCUCGGUACGCCCAGGGACCACCUCCUUCUAUCACAAUAAUGGGUCGCUAUCGUCCCUGAACGAGUCGGACUACUACGAGGAUCCGUUCGAAGAUACGCGAUCACCGCUGGCCGGUUUCCGAAGAGGCUCGGAUCGCUCCCUCCACCGCAACGAUCCGUUUGAGGAUGAGGAACCUCCCGGCGGGGGCCCCGGUGUCGCCGGUUCGUUGACCCGCGUCGGUGCCAUACUGCAGAUGUUGUCCCGCAUUCCGUUCCCCCGGAUGUCCGUCACCGGGAUGGGGCUUUGCUCGCUCGUCGCCAUCUUCUUCUGCCCGCGGGCGAUCGGUUCGAAUAUACUGUUUCCCGGUUUCAGACUGCUGUUCGGUACGCUCUAUCCGGCCUACGCCUCGUACAAGGCGGUGCGGACCAAAAAUGUCAAGGAGUAUGUCAAAUGGAUGAUGUACUGGAUAGUGUUCGCCUUCUUCACCUGCAUCGAAACGUUUACCGACAUUCUGCUGUCCUGGUUCCCGUUCUACUAUGAGCUAAAGGUGAUCAUCGUCCUGUGGCUACUGUCACCGGCCACCCGCGGCAGCUCGACGCUCUAUCGGAAGUUCGUGCACCCGAUGUUGACACGGCGCGAACAGGAAAUCGAUGACUACAUCAAUCAAGCCAAAGAGAAGGGCUACACCGCGGUGCUGCAGCUCGGUUCGAAGGGUGUCAACUACGCCACCAACGUUAUCAUGCAAACGGCCAUCAAGGGUGGUGGCGGAUUGGUACAAACCCUUCGCAAGAGCUACAGCCUGAGCGAUCUAUCGGAGCCGGACACACAGCGUACGCAGGACGAGGUCGAUGAGAUCGUGAACCGACCCCAGCGGGUACUGCGCUCGAAGAGCUCCCGGUCGUCUUCGGGCUCCCGACAGAUGGAGAUGUACUUCCCGGAGGUGGAAAUUGCCGGAACUCCAUACCACGGUACUGCAGCGGCCGCGGCGGCGCCGUACAACUACAUUCGAUCGUCGGACGACAUCAGCUCAGGGUACUCGAGCGCCGAACCGGGACUCAGCCGGACGGCUUCGAUGAGCAACACCGCUCGACCGCGGCUGAAAUCGAAAACACGCGAAGAGAAAAUGUCGGCCAGCUGCACAACGCUUCCGCGCACCAAGAAACCGGAAAAGGUCACCGGGAAAACGCGCUCCAAAACCGAAAAACCAUCUGCAUAAGCUGUCCCCGACACACGGGUUGCAUUCUGUUGCGUUUCGAAGCCAUUCAAGCUGGGUUGCUGCUGCACGAAAACAAGAUACACUUCUACACUCACCCUCGCCGUUUACGAAGCUUUGUUGCUCUUUCAGUGCUUUAGUUUGGACAAGUUUUAAGUCAUAAGGCAAGCAACAAACUAUAAUAAAUUGUUUCGUUUUGUAAGACUUCGGCACGCCUUAGGGCGGAAGCAUAAAUCUUCGUCUCAAGUUAGUUAAGGCAAAAGGACAAAAGUCUCACGGUGUUUGCAACACCCAUUGCCACCAUGAGCAAUUUUAAACGAAGCAUUUAUAAGCAAACCAAAUCAUAAUGCGGGGAGAGGAGCUACAGACGAGAGUUGUAACGAAGACGGACUGGCCGGGCUAGGACGACUGGGUGCGAAAAGGAUGCCAAAAGGAACGCGGACGCGCAAUGAGAAUAGACUCUUGAUGAAAUAGCUGGAUGUUCUUUAAAUUAACCGAUGUAGCUAGGCCCUCUGAGGGGUCUCUGUAGAUGAAAGUGAUCCGGCGCUCCAAGGAAAAGAUUUAUAGACAGAUCACAACGCAUCAUCUCAUUUGCAUCCCUUAUUUAAUUUUUCAUUCAAGACCCCCUUGUCUUUCUUGUUGGGUUUUGUGACAGAUUUCCCUUGAAGCUGCGUCAUCGUACCACUUUUGCGUGGCGUUAUUGAUCUCCGUCUUUUUUUGAGUUUCUUCCACCAAAAAAUGUCGUUAGUUUCAUUGAUUAUGCUCCUUCAGCAUGUCAUCACAUAUCUAAAGAAUGAUCCCCUCACAUCAUGAUAUUAUCUCACAUAUUAAAUGAUAUAAAUGGGGAAUUGUAAAAUCAAAGGAGAUCCCACAAAUGAUACGCGAAAAGAAAGAGCGUAGAAGGAUAGCACCGAAUGGCGGCAGAGUUGGCAAAAGAACUGAUCAAGCGCACCACGAGAAUGUAACCGGAGCGAGCGGCCAAUGGUGAGUGUGCGACAGUGAUGGCACAGGAGAAAACGAAUCUUUACUUAUUACAGGAAUCCCCAAGAGUUGGACAAUUGGACGGGGGGUCAAAUCGACGAGUUAGUUAGUUUAAUGGAAAUGGACAGAAGAGAGCGGCAUCGAGCCCUGAAACGAACAUGUAACAUGUGUGUAUGUUAGAGAAAUGAUGUAGGCCCCGAUAUUGGUUAGGAAAAAAAAACUAUUCUACCACUAUUACUGUGAAAGACUUUUACUCUUAGCCCGCGAGAGCGCGUGAAACCCGAAAGUAGGAUAUUUAAGGAGAUUUGUUGCGGUGCGAACGGAAAGAGGCAUGAUGCGGCAGUCAUAGGGCGGGAGGAGAAUACUCGCUAUGCAAUUACGAAUAAACUGGAAUACCUUGUUGUAGUUCUAUCCCUAUGUUCCCAUCCAAAUGUUCCUUCUAUUCCCCUUCGCUACUAGAUAGCGCUGUGGUGGGUCUCCGUUUAAUCUGUUUCUGGCGCC